GCGUGGAGGAGCCGGGCGGGAGGAGAGGCCGCUCCGUGGCCAGGGGCUGCGGCGCGCCCAGCGGCUGGACCCAGCGACGGCGCGGAUGGCGGACUCGCAGCCGUUCUGCGUGGCGGAGGAGCGCAGCGGCCACUGCGCCGUGGUGGACGGAAACUUCCUCUACGUGUGGGGGGGCUACGUGUCUAUUGAAGACAAUGAAGUAUAUUUGCCUAAUGAUGAAAUUUGGACCUAUGAUAUUGAUAGUGGGUUGUGGACCAUGCACCUCAUGGAAGGAGAACUCCCUACCUCCAUGUCAGGAAGUUGUGGUGCUUGCAUUAAUGGAAAGCUGUACGUUUUUGGAGGAUAUGAUGACAAAGGAUACAGCAAUCGACUUUAUUUUGUUAAUUUGCGAACAAGAGAUGGAACCUACGUUUGGGAAAAAAUCACCAGUUUUGAAGGACAACCACCCACACCACGUGAUAAACUCUCUUGCUGGGUAUAUAAAGACAGAUUAAUAUAUUUUGGUGGCUAUGGGUGUAGGAGACACAAUGAACUCCAAGACUGUUUUGAUGUUCAUGAUGCAUCUUGGGAAGAACAGAUCUUCUGGGGAUGGCAUAAUGAUGUUCAUGUAUUUGAUACAAAGACACAGAAUUGGUUUCAACCAGAAAUUAAAGAUGGAGUUCCUCCACAGCCGCGAGCCGCGCACACAUGUGCAGUUCUUGGAAAUAAGGGCUAUAUUUUUGGCGGACGUGUUUUGCAAACUAGGAUGAAUGAUUUGCACUAUCUGAACUUAGAUACCUGGACUUGGUCUGGAAGGAUUCCUGUUAAUGGAGAAAACCCCAAACAUCGGUCAUGGCAUACUUUAACACCAAUAGCUGAUGAUAAACUUUUUCUAUUUGGUGGACUAAGUGCAGACAAUAUUCCAUUAAGUGAUGGUUGGAUUUAUAAUGUCAUAACAAAUGGUUGGAAACAACUUACACACUUACCUAAAACAAGACCCAGGUUAUGGCAUACAGCCUGUUUGGGGAAAGAAAAUGAAAUAAUGGUAUUUGGUGGGAGCAAAGAUGAUUUACUUUCCUUGGAUACAGGCCACUGUAAUGAUUUAUUGAUCUUUCAAACACAGCCUUAUUCACUACUCAGGUCAUGCCUUGACUGUAUUGGCAAAAAUGCCAUAAUUUUAGAAAGUCAGAUAUCUUUAUUACCUCCUAAACUUCUGCAACAAGUACUCAAAAAAAUAACAUUUUGGACUGCAGCUAAUCACCGAGAAGAACAAAGAGCCCAAAAAGAAGAAACAGAAAAUAAGUAUCAGUGGAUCACUAGCAAUUAAAUUGUUAUAUACUCUAUAUAUUUAAUAUGUGUAAACAUUUUAAUCAUACUGUGUAUUCCCCCUCCCCAAAUUGGAGGCUUUAUUUAGAAGAUAAAAUUUGAAACAAAAAUGCUAUGUUAAAGUGAUUAUAUGUCAUGGAAUAUAUGGGAAUAAGAUGUUAACGGAAGAUUAAUUUAUAUUUGUAAACUAAUUUCCUAGUAAGCUGCAGGAAGAAAUAUACUUUCUGAAAGUAAGUACAAUUGUAAGAUAUUUUUAACUCACUGUACACUCUUUACUGGGAAGUUUAUAUGAAUUUCAGGAGACUGAGAGAUUAACCCAAGGACUGUAGAAAUCCCCCAACAUAAUAAUAGAUAAAAACACUAUACAUCAACUUUCGGAAAGAAUGGAUUUUCUCAAGCCACUUUGAAAUUAUCUACAGCUUCUCAUUAAAUAACCCAGUUAUUUAAAAACUUCUCCUUGAAUAACUGAUCCAGCUGGGCAAAAUGAUAAAAUGGGCAAACACUGGUAUGUGUUUAGUACUGGCCUCCUGCCCUUCAGUGCUUACCUAGCAAAGUCUCUCAUUAAGCAUCAUCAUAACUUUUCCUCACCUUUAUUUGAGUAGCGGAAUAAAUGUCUUCAAUUGUCUUUCCAUUACCCCUAAGUUGUUAGUUUGUCCAAAUUUAUAAAGACCAUGUUUUAAAGUGUCUAAAGUGGAGGUUUACUUAACCAUACAGACUUUGAAAUAUUGAGAAGCAGUAGAUGUAUUAACUUUUCAGACACAUUAAAAUAUAUUUUUGCCUUGGAAGAAUGCUCCUAAAGUAGUUUUUGUAAGUAAUGAAAUGGGAUGGUAACCUAGUAAUUUACCUGUAUAGAAACCCUGUUCUUCGGCCCACACCACUCUACAGAGCUGGUCCUCAAGACCCACGAUAUUGGAAGUAUGUUCUCUUCCCACUGAUUGUCAGUAUUAACUGCCCUACAGAAACGGCACGCUGUAUUUAUCUUUAUAUUCCUUAAACUGGUACUUUUGCCAUAAUUAAAAAAUUACUCAUAUUAUCGGUUAUACCCUUCCAUUGAAUUACUAAUAACAAUGAAUUAUUAAAAAGCUCAGUAUAUGAAAUUAUUCUCCAUAAUAUCACCAUUCAAGCUAUCUCUAAAAUUUAAAAUGUUAGAGAGAAUAGAUUUCUAUAUUGAAAUAGACAUGUAAUUUAUAAUAAUUAUAGUAGCUCAUUAAAUUUUACAGAUAUAUUUUAUAUAUACAUAUACUGUAUUUUAGAUGUGUAAAGCUUCUAUUUAUGUAUGGAAAUACUUUGUGCUUACAUUUUAUUAUACGAACUAUAUAG